AUGGCCGCACACAAACCCAGAGUCAUCAGCCUGAGCAAGCGUGAGGGCCAGAGCUUUGGCUUUUACCUGCGCGUGGAGCAGGGCGAGGAGGGCCACCUGAUCCGCAAUCUGGAGAUGGGCGGCCCCGCCGAGCUCGCCGGCCUGAGGGAUGGAGACCGAAUCCUCAGGGUCAACGGCACGUUCGUGGACAACCUGGAGCAUUCAAAGGUGGUGGAGAUGGUUAAGGGGAGCGGGGCAAGUGUCACCUUCCAUGUCCUGGACAAGGAGUCCUACAACCAGGCCAAGGCCGGUGGUGCUGACCUGUCCAACCUGCAGGCCCGACCAGCCCAAACACAGCCCGUCGUGAACGGGGUGGCCGGGCCAACGCCCAAGCCCAAACUCUGCUUCCUGGUGAAAACCAAGAAGGGGUAUGGGUUUUCCCUCAAGUCUACUCGAGGUGAGGGUGAGCCGAGCAUUUUCAUGACGGAUGUGACCCCUGGGGGUGUCGCGGAGAAGGCUGGGGUAAGGGCCAAAGACCGCGUCCUGGAGGUCAACGGCGAGAAUGUGGAGAGUGCCAUCCAUGAGCAGAUCGUGGAAAAGGUAAAAGCCUCUGGUGAUAGCGUCAUGUUCCUGCUGGUGGAUGAGGAGACGGACAGGUAUUACAGGAACAAGAAGCUGAAGCUGGGGGCGGGGCUGGCCACCGUAAAGCACCUCCCACACAAGCCACGCAUCGCCGACAUGACCAAGGGCUCAGACGGCUAUGGCUACUUCCUGAGAGCCGACCCCAACGUUGAGGGCCAUACCAUAAAGGACAUCGACCAAGGGAGUCCAGCGGAAAGGGCGGGGCUUAAGGACAUGGACCGGCUGGUGGCCGUUAAUGGGGAGGAAGUGGACUCCCUGAGCCAUGACCAGGUGGUGGACAGAAUCCGACAGUGCGGAGACAGUUGCUCCCUGCUGGUGGUUGACACAGAAACUGACAAAAUGUACAAGAUGGGUGGAGCAUCUCCUCUUCUGUACUGGGAGGAGAUGAGGGGGUCACUUCCACAGCCCAGCCCACCUGCAUCCCCAAAGCCAGUCACACUGGCACCUGAGUCCUCACCAGCCCCACCCCUCGCUGCAGCCCAGCCAAUCACAGAGGAUUACAAACCAAAGCUCUGCAAGCUGGAGAAGAUCAGCAGCGGGUAUGGAUUCCACCUCAACGGCACCCAGGGAGUCCCCGGCCAGUACAUCAAAGAGGUUGUGAAGGGCGGAGAAGCUGACAAGGCUGGGCUGGAAGACGAUGACAUCGUGGUCGAGGUGAAUGGUGUGAACGUGGAGAGCAGCACGCAUGAGCAGGUGGUGGACUUAAUUCGGAAUAGUGGCAAUAGCCUGGUCAUGCUGGUUGCUGAGAAACGGGCCUACGAGCACUUCAAGUCCCGGCAAAUCCCGAUCACAACCCUACUGCUGGCCCCAUCUGCAAAUGCUGUGCCUGCCACACUCGAGGAGAAGGCGUCGGUGUCGUCCACAUCAUCGUCCUGUCUCAGCGAGGAUGAGAGACUCUGA